AUGCAAAAGCUAGCUAUUCGCUCCCAUGAUGCUGUGUAUUACUUUACUGAUUUGACAAUCGAAGAAGUCAUGCGCGUUACUACUGAAACGAAUUGUAAGCACUACUGCUAUGAACAGGAAAAACUCAUUUGGUUUCAAAAUCAAAUUAGCAAUAUCACAAUCCAAUACCAAGAGGUUGCAGCAGAAACUGAGCAAGAAAUCAGGAGUAAAUUACUGGAAAACCUCUCUAACCUUCAGGAAAAGGCAACAUCAGUACAAAUGCAAAUGUUAACGCAUGUUUGACAAGGAAAGUUAUGGGAGGAAACUAAGGACAUCUUAAGUGACUGUCAGCAAUAUCUCAAUGAUUUAGACCAUUUGAGACAUCCCAAGAUCUGCUGUAGCAUCCUCAAAACUACUGAUGCAGGCCCUGGAGUCGGCGUAAGUAACAUUGAAGCUCGUUUUAGAGAUGUUGAAAUCACGAGAAUACACUCAUCAGACCGUGUUAAUAGAAUUCAUCGUGCUCCGGGAGACUCUUCUCAAAACGAGUCCGAGAGAACGAACGCAUCAAUUGGAGAUGCCCUAGUAGAUGGGACAGCUUUAAAAUGGGAUUAUUUUAGGUAUGGGAUCAAGAAACUAUCUGCAUCACAAGUGAAAGAAAGAGAGGCGAUUUGUAUGGAGACGAAUGCGUGGGAAGUGGCUAAACAAGUGACAGCCAUGGUCGACGAUGAACCUGGCCCUGGUAAAGAUUAUAUGAAAUGCUACACAACUACAACAUCGAAUUAUCAGUUCUUUUUUAACAAAUCGUAUCUCAUGAAGUAUGCAAAUGCUAAAACAGAUGCUGCAAAACGUCAUGUUCCUGGAUACCACUACUUUAAGAAGAUAUAUUCAUUUAUGGAUAAACACUGUAUCAUUGGGGAGAUGUUCCUUGAAUUUCUUAAAGGAGCCUGUAAAGAAAAUGGGGAAAGUGAAACACUUUGUGACUUUUGCAGCACAAACAAACAAUGCUGUGAUGAGAUUGAUCAUGUUGCAAGGCCAUUUCCCGAUAAAGAAAGUGAUGGGCAACAUUAUCUUCCUUUGUCUAAAACACCAGCAAAAAACAGGGACAUUGACGAUUACAUAUGCCACGGGUACAGCUAA